AUGGCGGGGCUUCGUCCGGGCUGCCCACGAAGAAACUGCAAAGCCAAAUGCGUAGGGCUGAGGUUUGGGUCUCCUGUGGAAAAGUGGCAAAGGGAGCGUCAUGUCAUGAAGGAACAGAGCACAGGUGCUAUGGGAUGUGAGCAGCUGCCUGCAGAGACACUACAGCAAAUCCCCAUGUCUUUGCAUCAGUCUCUCCCCCCCCACCCCCGAUCUGGGAGCUACCAGUGUAGGGACCCGAGGUCCAAAGGAAACAACCUGCUCUUCUUCCUUCAUGGAGGUCCCUCUGAGGACAAACUCCUGGCUGAUGACCAGACUGUGGCUGUUAAUGAGGAGGAAGUUAGUGAAGCCUCCAGGGGGAGAUUCAUAAAACUCAUCAGGAGUGCUAAGCAAUUCAUCGUUCAUACAGUUCUGCAUACUCAACAGAUGACCCCCACCCCCCCAAUCUGCUUUCACCAAUGCUGUGAAGAGGCCAAGCUGAGGUCCAAUCCCACGAAGGUCCGGUUUUCUGAGCAGUUGGCAGUUGGAGAAACAGAUGCAAAAAUGAUGAAGAAAGAAGCACUUCUCCUCAUCCCCAACGUCCUGAAGGUCUUCUUAGAAAAUGGACAGAUCAAGUCGUUCACAUUUGAUGGCCGGACCACUGUUAAGGAUGUGAUGGUAACACUCCAGGAUCGGCUUUCUCUGAGGUACAUUGAGCACUUUGCUCUUGUCCUUGAGUAUGCUGGGCCCGAACAGAAUCACAAGUUCCUACUUCUCCAGGACAAGCAGCCCCUGGCUUAUGUGGUGCAGAGGACACACUAUCAAGGAAUGAAAUGCCUCUUCCGAAUAAGCUUCUUUCCCAAAGACCCUGUGGAACUGCUGCGUCGGGAUCCUGCUGCUUUUGAGUACCUGUACAUUCAGAGUCGGAAUGAUGUUAUCCGAGAACGCUUUGGAAUGGACCCCAAGCCGGAGAUGCUAUUGGGCCUUGCUGCCCUUCACAUCUAUAUCACUGUCUCAGCCACUCGACCUAGUCAGAAGAUCUCGCUCAAGAAUGUGGAGAAAGAGUGGGGCCUGGAACCCUUUCUUCCCCCCUCCCUCCUACAGGGCAUCAAAGAGAAGAACCUCCGGAAAUCUCUCUCUCAACAACUGAAGGCUCACCAAACACAUCCUUCCAGUGGCACCAAGGGCUCUGCAAUACAGGCAAAGCUCCAGUAUCUUCGAAUCCUGAAUGAACUUCCGACCUUCACGGGCGUUUUGUUCAACACUGUGGGUCUGGACGAAAAGCAGUCAGCCACUACUCUCCUGGUAGGACCCCGACAUGGCAUCAGCCAUGUUAUUGACCUCAAAACCAACCUCACCACUGUGCUGUCCGAGUUCAGCAAGAUCAGCAAGAUCCAGCUGUUCCGGGAGAACCAGGGCGUGGCCCGGGUGGAGACCAGCAUCAUGAAUGCCAAGCCUCUGGUGCUGUUGAUGGAGUGGCCGGAAGCCACCAACUUUGCCUGCCUGAUUGCCGGGUACUGCCGCCUCUUACUGGAUUCCAGGAAGAUGGUCUUCUCCAGGCCUGCUAGCCAGCCUCUUCCACCUCCAAUGAUCAAGGCAGAUUACAUGCACAGCGCCCACCGCCCUGUCACUGGGGGCCACCUGGGGAAAAAGGAGAGUAGUUAUGUGGGCAGCGUGGGCACCAGCCCCAGGAAGUCGAGCCACUGCACGCCCCCGCCUGCCGACUCUGAGCUUGUCAGCUUCUGCUACCUCCAUAUGCGGGAACAAAGGAAGGAGCGGGAAAGCCGGACAGAUGUCAAUGAGAACCUAAUCUUCUUUGAGGAGACCAGGCCCCGGACCAAGUCUGACCCCACAUCCAAAACCUCUGGCCAAGGCUAUGAUGUGGUCCCUGAUGACUUUGAUGCAGCCAGCCUCGACCAUGAGCCUUGUGCCAGCAGGGCCCGGUCCUACACCUUGGACAAUUCCUUUGGGGCUGAUGCCCUGAACUUCUACUGUGACUCUUGCAAAGCCAAAUUCCAGGAACAGCUGGGCCCGCGCAAAGGCGGAAGGCCUGGCUCUUCUCGUGACAAUAUGGUAGACCUGAUGUCUCUCCCACCCCCUGGGAGUGAGGAGGAGGAGGAGGAGGAAGAUGAGAGCACUUCUCUGUUGCCUGCCAUUGCUGCCCCACCCCCUGGUUUCCGAGACAACAGUUCAGAUGAGGAUGACUCCAAGCGCCGGGCCGUCCAGAGCCAGGAACAAGGACGCCACCUGCGUGGGCUCCUGUACGAGGAGAUCCCAGUGACACUGAUUGAUAGUGUGCAGACCCGGACAGUCCGAGAUCAUGCCCAGGAGCUAGAUGAUGCCUUGGUGUCCACUCUGCAAGCUCUGGAAGCCCUGGCUGCUUCAGAGGAUGGACCACACCCCCCACCCCCACAGACUGCAGGUCUGAUUGUGCUGGCCACAAUCACCCCUGAAUCAUCACUGGACUCGGGCCAUGAAACCAACUCCUCAGAACUCACAGACAUGUCGGAGAUGAUGUCAGCCAUGAAACAGCACCAGAAUACCACCUACUUCCUGGCCCAGCAUCUCAACAAGGAUAGCCUCCUUGCCCGCAAGGACCUUCCCUUCCGGAUCCAGAGCUGUGCUGCUCAGGCCGUUCUCACGGCCCCUUAUUCUCUUGGGCGCCCAGAUCCCAACCCUUCCUUCCAGCCAUCUGUCACAGGCCAGAGUCCUGGGCCCCCUGGUGCUCGGAGGAAGCUGCCUCAGUCAGAGGCCCAGCCACAGGGUGAGCGAACUUACGCCCUGACAGUACACCCAGCACUGUCACCCCGGCUUAGUGAGCAGAAGAAUCUCAGCCUGCUGUCUCCCGUUCCUGAGGACAAAGGGCCUGGCCACACUAGGGCCGGCCUAGAGAUGUCACUGAGGGCAGCCACACCAUCCCUCAGUGAAGAGCAGGUCUCUGAGCUGAGAGAGAACCUACCCAAGGAGGUCAGGCUGAGUCCCAAGCUUAUCCUGGACCCCAAGGGCAGUGUGACCCCAGCCAUCAUCUCGGCCGCCCUUCAACAGGUGGUUCACAGUAAGAGUCUAGCCACCCCUGGCGGAGCCUUGGGAAAUGCCUCCAGCAGGGGGGAGAGGAGGCUGGAGGCUAACAUGGGGAGACCAGAGGUCGGCAUGACAAGCAGCAGUGCCAAUAAGAAUCUUAAGUUCAAAAUGAGCCCUGGUGGGCCAGAUAGCACACGGAAUUCCCAGCAGCCGAGCACCUCCUCCAGCCCCAGAGCAAUCACAGGCAGCCGGGCUGAGAGCCUGCACCUCUCUCCACAAGAGGACAGGCUAUCAGGUCAACGUUUCCCGCCCAAGAGCUAUCUGCCACGAGCGGGUGGAGAGUCCGUGGGCAAACAAGCGUCAGGGGAGGGGCCAGGCAAGGGUGGGCCCGAGAGCACUAAGCCCACCCUGCACAAACAGAGCACCGUCUCAAGCCAGGGGGAGAAGGGGCAGCUGGAGAACACACCCAAAAGCAGCAAGCUGGAGGAGACUAGCAUGGUACCCCGAGCUGGCUACCCCAUGGCGCUGCAAAGCCCUAGCUGCCCGCCACGAGGCCACAGUCCCAGCAGCCAGCCUCGAGGCCCCAGCCCCAGCUGCCAGCCUCGAGGCCCCAGCCCCAGCUGCCAGCCUCGAGGCCACAGCCCACUGAGACCUCAGGUUGACAGCCGACAGGUGAGCACCAUGCCCUCCCGGAAGCUUGAAACGACCGUGGAUGGAGCCCACUCAGCCUCUGAAGGCCCUGCAAAGCCCAAGUUGUCCCGAGGUCCUUUCCGGCUACGCAAUUUAUUUUCUGCCACCUUCCCAACCCGCCAGAAGAAGGAGACAGAUGAGCGGCAAGCCCAACUGCGAAAGGUAAAGCAGUAUGAGCUGGAGUUCCUAGAGGAACUUCUAAAGCCCCCAAGCCAGGGGGAGCUGCCAGGCACCGAGUACCUGCAACCUCCAGCACCUGGCCGCUGCAGCUGCCAGCUACGCAGCAGUCCUGUGCAACAGGGACCUGGCAUGUCCCGAGAGCAGAGGCGCAGCUGUGAUUGCAAGCGCAUCUGCCGAGGGGGUCGGCCUCAGGCCGCCCAAACCCCAGUGCCCAGCCUCCGGGGUAGGGAAAGGAACAGGAUCCCCGCUACCCAGAGGCAGCCAGAGGCUAGCCUAAGCUUGACCUUAAGCAGCCCUACCAACAUUCGGCGCAUCCGCUCCACCAGCUUGGAAUCCAGAGAGUGCCGAUCAGACCCUGAGAGUGGUGUUUCUUGCCUAACCACGUGUGCCUCAGGGGGCGAGUGUCUGGGAGCUCCCAACUACAGGAAAUUGAUGCGCCGCUACAGUAUUAGUGAGCUGGACCAGGGCGACAGGGCCUCGCUGACCUCGGAUGUCUACCCUCACCCACCCUUGGGAAUGCUACCCAGGGAAGCCAAGGAGGUAGAGGCAGGCCUUCCCCUAGCCUUGGGUCCCAAAACCAAAUCUGUAGAGUCACCAACUCUGGGAGAUCCCUCCUACGUCCAGAUUGCUCCUGAGACCAAAGGCCCUAGGCAGAUGGCUGUGUUCUCCCUGCCAGAGGAGGUGUACCGCAAGCCUGCUGAGUUGGAUGAGGACAGUGAAAGCAGCAAAUGCUGCUCCAUCCGCUAUUGCUUCUACUACCGCAAGUGCGACAUGGCCGAUGAUGCAAGUGAUGGCAAGGACGAGCUCUCCUACUCUAUCCCCAUGAAGAUUCUGCCUGGCAUGAAGCUGAACGAACAGAUGGUGCCCGUGGUGAGCAGGACCCUGCAGGUGCUAGAUGCAGCUACCUGCAGUAGCAGCAGCCCUGAGACCGCCCGCACCCAAGAGAUAGAUCUGCGGGUGUCCACCUUUGAGGGAAGCCUGGCCAAGAUCAAUGCCUUGCGAGCCCAUGCCUAUGGCCUGCCCGAUGGCUUCCUGGCUGCCAGGCUAGACACCAAUGAGCUGCUGACAGUCCUGAGGCAGUGUGUGGCCAGCCCUGAGGCCCGCGCCCCCAAGCCCUACGUCUCCCAGAUCUCCGAGUACAAGCUCGAACUAGCUCUCAAGUUCAAGGAGCUCCGGGCCUCCUGUCGCCGUGUGGCCAACGUGGACAAGAGCCCAACUCACAUGCUGGCAGCCAUCACAGGCAGCUUCCAGGUGCUCAGCAGCCUCAUUGAGACCUUUGUGCGGCUGGUGUUCAUCGUUCGCUCUGAGGCCCAGCGCCAAGAGCUGCUGUCCAAGGUAGAAGAGGUGGUGAGGAACUACACCUUUCUGCUGCGCGCUGCUGAGGAAUCCACAGCCCGGAAUCUUAAUCAGCAGCAGCAGCAACAGCAGCCGCCGUCACCUCCACCACCGCCUCCGCUGCAACAACAGCAGCAGCAGCAUGAGGCUGCAGGAGCUAUAGGGGCUGUCACAGGGCAGCCACCAGGCUCCCCAACCUCAGCAACUGUUAUGAGCACAUUCACCCGCUCCUUAAAAACCCUUAUCAAGUAG